AUGGUAGGAAUCUUGGGAAUGGGCGGAAUUGGCAAAACAACUAUUGCUAAAGCCAUUUAUAACCAAUUUUUUCAUGGAUUUGAAGGUAAAAGUUUUCUUGCAAAUGUUCGGGAAACUUCCAAGGAACCUAGGGGUCAGGUUCAUCUCCAAGAACAACUUCUUUCUGACGUCUUGAAGACAAGCGAGAUAAAGAUAAGUAGUGUUCAUAGAGGAAUCAAUAUGAUUAAAGAAAGACUUUGUAAUAAAGCAAUAUUUGUGAUACUUGAUGAUGUAGACCAAAUGGAGCAACUGAAUGCCAUAUGUAGGCGUGACUGGUUUGGUUUGGGAAGUAGAAUUAUUAUAACAACGAGAGAUGAGCAUUUGCUAAAGGAGCUAGAAGUGGAUAGUGUAUAUAGAGUUACAGCAAUGAAUGACAUUGACUCUCUUGAGCUCUUUAGUUGGAAUGCCUUUAGGAAUAGUUAUCCUUUUGAAGAUUAUACUAAUUUGUCAAGAAGUAUCGUUGCUUACUAUGGAGGGUUGCAACUAGCACUUCAAGUUUUCGGCUCAUUCCUUUUCUCUAGGAGCAUGCUAGAAUGGAAAAGUGCAUUAGAUAAAUUGAAGAGUAUUCCUCAUGAGCAGAUUCAAAAUUAA